UCUCUAGCGGAGGAGUAACUCAUAUUUAUGAGAAGGCGGCGCCCGGCGCCCGGGACAGAAAGAAAUAAACGGAGGCGCGGCAGAACGCAGACGCUCGCGGAAGACGCGCUCUCCACCUGCGUAGCUGAAGAACCAGAGGUGCUUGUCCAGGUGAGCUGCCUGUGUGUCCCUCAUGAUGUUUGUGGCGUUACACGUGUGCGUGUUGGUGGCGGUUUGUUCUUUGAGUGUUUCGGCCUCUCAGCCCUCGUCUUACGGAGAGCGAGGCUCUGAUCUCGGCCUGCAGGUGUUUUUGCGUAUGGUCCAGAACAAACCGAAGGAGAAUGUGGUCAUGUCACCUCACGGCGUGGCCUCGGUCCUGGGCGUACUGCUCCCGGGGGCCCACGGGGACACUCAACGCCAGCUACUCAAGGGCCUCAAAUACAAGAAGACAGGUCCAUAUAAGAUGUUGCAGAAGUUGCAUAAGGCCCUGACGACCAAAUCCAAUGCCGAUAUUGUGACGAUCGCCAAUGCGCUGUUCCCCAAUGAGGGCUUCAUCAUGAAAGAAAACUUCCUGACCGCCAGCAGGGAGAACUUCAUGUGCGAGAGUCAAACCAUCGACUACAGCGACCCAGAGAAGGCUGCAGAAACCAUCAAUGAAUGGGUGAAGAAAAGAACCAAAGGCCAAAUUCCCAGUCUUGUCAAGGCAGAUAUGUUCGAUCCGGCUAUGACUCGGUUGGUGGCUGUAAAUUCCAUUUACUUCAAAGGCCUUUGGAAGUCCCGCUUCCAAGCCAAGAACACCAAACCCAGAAGCUUUACUGCAGGAGACGGCAAGACAUACAAAGUUCCCAUGAUGUCCCAGCUCUCUGUCUUUAACAUAGGUCAAGCAAGCACUCCAAAAGGUUUGAAGUAUAUAGUGAUUGAGCUGCCAUAUCAUGGCAACAGCAUGAGCAUGUUCAUUGCGCUUCCGUCUGAAGAGGCCAAGCCCCUGUCAGCUAUUUUGCCGCACAUCUCCACAGCGACCGUCCAAAGCUGGACUAAACUGCUGGUCCAGAGGAGGAUGCGCCUGGUGAUGCCAAAAUUCACAGCUGAGGAGGAGGUAGAUUUGGAGGGUCCUCUUACUGCGAUGGGAAUCAAAGACAUCUUCAGUCAGAAAAAAGCUGACUUCAGACACCUGAGUUCAGAGGCCGUCUUUGUGUCCAAAGCUCUUCAGAAAGCCAAGAUAGAGGUCAAUGAGGAUGGAACCAAAGCCUCUGCCGCCACCACUGCAAUCUUGCACGCCCGAUCUUCUCCUCCGUGGAUGACCGUGGACAGACCGUUCCUGUUUCUCAUCAGACACAAUCCUACAGGAACUAUUUUGUUUGCUGGCCAGAUCAACAAACCUUGAGCCAGAGAACAGAGGAGAUUCAAACAGUGGUCCACACACACACACACACACACACACACACACACAUAUGAAUAUAUUAAACUUUUGUCUUGGACUGUGUGUCCUUUACCCACUCAAUUUCUCAAGCGUCUUUUUACACCAUUUUGACUGUUUUUUUUUUUUUUUUUUUUUUUUUAUAUAUUCUUGAGGAACAUUUUAUAAGAUUUUAUACAUGGUUUAUAAUUUGUGUCUAAUGCAAAACUUUCUCACAAAAUGUGUGCAACUUAAAUGCUGAGAUAACUUUUGUUUAACUUUUUUUGUCCUUAAUAAAAUGUCAGUUUAUUUGCACAUUAAUGAUACAUUGUCCUGCAUUGAGUCUUAUUUUAUUAAAUAAGGUACUUAAACUGAUUCACCUUGUUUUUUUUCUAACUGAAAAACAUUUGUUGUUUAUUUAAUAAAAAUAUUCAAGAUAGUU